AUGACACGGCGUAAUGGAGCAGCACAAAUUCCAAACCACAGUGAAAAAGCGUCGAAGGUGAUAGCGCCGUCUACGGGAGUUGCGCCAAAUGCAGAAAUGCCCAGUUCCGCUGCUGCUGCUGCUGCUGCUGCAACACAAAGCAAUGUACCUGCCCCAAAACCACACACAAGCAAAAUCGCCGCUAUAAAAUCUUGGUUGAGCAAUCUUCCGCAAAAAUUGACCCGAAAUGUAAGAGUUUUUGUUUCAUGA